AUGUCUAACGAAGUAGAAACGAGCACAACUAAUGGUCAGCCUGACCAACAGGCUGCACCAAAAGCACCGUCGAAGAAGGAAAAAAAGAAAGGCUCUGAAAAGACAGAUGAGUACCUUUUGGCCAGAUUCAAAGGUGAUGGUGUAAAAUAUAAGGCCAAGCUGAUUGGCAUUGAUGAUGUGCCCGAUGCAAGAGGGGAUAAAAUGAGCCAAGAUUCUAUGAUGAAACUAAAGGGAAUGGCGGCAGCUGGUCGGUCUCAGGGACAGCACAAACAAAGGAUCUGGGUCAACAUUUCCCUUUCUGGGAUAAAAAUAAUCGAUGAGAAAACUGGGGUAAUAGAGCAUGAACACCCAGUAAAUAAAAUUUCUUUCAUUGCCCGUGAUGUGACAGACAACCGGGCAUUUGGUUAUGUGUGUGGAGGAGAAGGCCAGCAUCAGUUUUUUGCCAUAAAAACAGGACAACAGGCUGAGCCAUUAGUUGUUGAUCUUAAAGACCUCUUUCAAGUUAUCUAUAACGUAAAGAAAAAGGAAGAAGAAAAGAAAAAGAUGGAAGAAGCCAACAAGGCAGUAGAGAACGGGAGUGAGACCCUACUGACCCUUGAUGACCAAGCUAACAAACUAAAAUUGGGUGUUGACCAGAUGGAUUUGUUUGGGGACAUGUCUACACCUCCCGACCUAAAUAGUCCAACAGAAAGCAAAGAUAUCCUGUUAGUGGAUCUAAACUCUGAAAUCGACACCAAUCAGAAUUCUUUAAGAGAAAAUCCAUUCUUAACAAAUGGCAUUACCUCCUGCUCUCUUCCUCGACCAAAGCCUCAGGCAGCUUUCUUGCCUGAAAAUGCCUUUUCUGCCAAUCUCAACUUCUUUCCCACCCCUAAUCCUGAUCCUUUCCGUGACGAUCCUUUUGCACAGCCAGACCAAUCGACACCCUCUUCGUUCGAUUCUCUCAAAUCUUCAGAUCAGAAGAAAGAGAAUUUGAGUAGUUUGUCUCCUCCACUGAGUAACGGGCCCCUGAAUGGGGAUGUUGAUUACUUUGGUCAGCAGUUUGACCAAAUCUCUAACCGGACUGGCAAACAGGAAGCUCAGGCAGGCCCGUGGCCCUUUUCAAGUACGCAAACACAGCCAGCAGUGAGAACUCAAAAUGGGGUAUCUGAAAGAGAACAGAACGGCUUCCAUGUCAAAUCCUCCCCGAACCCUUUUGUGGGAAGCCCUCCCAAAGGACUGUCCGUACCGAAUGGCGUAAAGCAGGACUUGGAAAGCUCUGUCCAGUCCUCACCACAUGACUCCAUAGCCAUUAUCCCACCUCCACAAAGUACCAAACCAGGACGAGGCAGAAGGACUGCUAAGUCUCCAGCAAAAGACUUGCUUGCAUCAGACAUCUUUACCCCUCCUGUCUCCGAACCUCCCAGCCAGACAUCACCUGCAGGACAAUCUGCGACCCUACAGACCAACCCUCUGGAUCUCUUCAAAACAAAUGCUUCUACCCCAGUGGGACCCCUUGCAGGUCUAGGUGGUAUACCAGUUAGCCCCCCUCAGGCAGGACCAUGGAACCCAUCAUCUUUAGUCUUCAAUCAGUCCGCGUCAGUGGUCCCGGGAGCCAUGAUGAGUGGUCAGCCUUCAGGAUUCAGUCAGCCAGUUGUUUUUACCACAAGCCCAGGUGUUCCAAGUUGGAAGCAGCCGUCAUCCUUUGCAGCUUCAACUUCCCCUCCAGGCCCUGUUGUUUGGGGCCCGUCAGCCUCUGUGGCACCCAAUACUUGGUCAGGCUGCCAAGAACUAUUGAAAUUCAGUGGGUUGUGGUACCUGGAAGGCUGUAAAACAGAGCCUCAGCCAUACUACACGGCCUUAAAACCACCAAAGCCGGUUCCCAGACAGGGUUCCCUGCCAGUUACCAAAUCUGCUGACAAUGCAUUUGAGAACCCUUUCUCUAAAGAUUCUUUCAGUUCAUCACAAGCCUCUAUGGCUUCUCAACCCACAUCUCCUGAUGUAUAUAGGGAUCCUUUUGGAAAUCCUUUUGCCUAA